AUGAGUGAUUCUAAUAAUACAAUGGUGACAAAUGAUCAAUCAACUGAACAGCCUACAAAUGUAGUUUCUAAUGAUAAUAUUUCAACGGUAAUAAAAUAUUCAUGGGAUCCUUUACAUUCUUCGGAUUGGGAUGAACAAAUACCAAGCGCCAUUUGUUUAAAAAGAAUUCAACGUGAAAUUCAACGUAUAUUCAAAGAUCCAUUACCAGGAAUAUUUAUUGUUUCUGAUCCUGAUAAUAUGACAAAAAUCCAUGCUCUUGUUGUUGGUCCGUCUGCUACACCAUAUGAAGGUGGAUUCUUUUAUUUUAUAAUACGUUGUCCACCUAAUUAUCCAUUUGGAGUACCUCGUUGUCGUUUAAUAACAACUGGCAAUAAUACGGUUCGUUUUAAUCCAAAUCUUUAUCGAAAUGGCAAAGUGUGUUUGUCGAUUAUUCAUACUAUGAAAGGACCAUCAUGGUCUCCAGCUCUUGGUAUACCAUCUCUACUUAUAUCAAUUCAAUCCUUAAUGUCAGAAAACCCAUACUAUAAUGAACCCGGUUUGAAACAGGAACGUCGAUUAGGUGAUUCGAAAACUUAUAAGGAAAUCAUACAACACGAAACAUUACGUGUUGCUGUGUGCGAAAUGCUUGAAAAUUCAAAUUCAUGUCCACAAGAGUUACAUGAAAUAAUGAUAAAACAAUUUUUUGAGUUUUACAAUUAUUAUAUUAAUGUAUGUAAAGAAAAUACAGAUAAAAAUGACCAAUUAAUGAUGGAUCCAUUUGGUGAAAAACGUGGAUCAUUUCAAUAUUCAUCAAUAUUAACACGUUUACGGAAAUUAAAAAAUCAAUUAGAAAUUAAGAAAUUAUUAAGUGAAGAAGAACAGAAAAUCGAUUCACAAACUCAAAAGAUAACAAAUUCUUCUGAUAAUUGUGCUUUAACUGAAUCAUUACAGCGUGAAAUGAUUCCAGAUUAA